UUAAACCCCAGCAUCAUAUCGUUGUAUCGCUGCAGUGGUCUAUUCUCGACUCGAUCAAGUUCACUCCUGCUCCCUAUAUCAUUACCUAGGAUUCACUAUCACCAUGGAUCAGCCACAAAUGAAAUAUGUUCGUCUAGGGGACUCAGGACUCAAGAUCUCUCAAAUCAUCCUUGGAACAAUGUCUUAUGGUAGUAGCGAUUGGCAAGAUUGGGUCCUUAAUGAGGAAGACGCAUUCCCACUUCUUGAGCACGCCUUCAACAAAGGCAUCAACACUUGGGACACGGCGGAUAUCUAUUCUCAUGGUCGGUCCGAAGAGAUUAUUGGCAAAUUCUUGAAGCAGAAAAAUAUCCCGCGUGAUCGUGUGGUCAUCAUGACGAAAUGCUUUUUCGGCGUUGAUGACCAAGGCCGCCAGCCGCCUAAUCGAGCCACAAUCUAUAAUGAUGGUAAGGAGUGGGUUAACCGCGUUGGGUUGUCUAGAAAGCAUAUUUUGGAUGCGGUUGAUGCAAGUGUGAAAAGACUCGGAACCUACAUCGAUGUACUGCAAAUUCAUCGCCUGGACCGCGAAACUCCCCGCGAAGAAAUUAUGAGAGCUUUGAAUGAUGUGGUGAAUAGCGGAAAAGUUCGUUACAUCGGUGCCAGCUCGAUGGCUGCAUGGGAGUUCCAGACUCUGCAGAACAUAGCUGCACGGAACGGAUGGCAUCGGUUUAUCUCCAUGCAAUGCCUCCACAAUCUGCUUGCGCGAGAGGAAGAGCGUGAGAUGAUGCCUUACUGCCUAGAUACAGGAGUGGGCCUCAUUCCCUGGUCACCUAUAGCACGUGGCGUGCUCGCUAGGCCAUACACGUCUCGAGGAAGCCUCCGUGAAUCUACUGACAGCAGCUUGAAAAGCAUAAUUCGUGAUCGAGAAUCUCCGGUUGACAAGGCAAUUAUCAACCGGGUGGAGGAGAUUGCCAAAAGAAAGAACAUCACUAUGGCUCAAGUUGCAGUUGCUUGGUGUUUGAGUCAUCCUAAUGAGAAUCCUAUCCUCGGACUCAACAGCAUUGCUCGUAUAGACGAAGCAGUCGCAGCCACUAGCAUUAAGCUGUCCGAUGAGGAGAUUCAAAGUUUGGAAGAGCUUUAUGUACCUAGAGCGAUUCACCCUUCAGAGCGAUGAGUAAGCUUGCAGUGUCUCGACAUUUCCAGCUACAAGCGAUAGAAAUUUCAAAUGCAU